GGCGCAGGUGCACCCAGGUGUAAGCCGAUCUCCCGCAGGCUGCGCAGCGGCGAAGAAGCCCGGGGGGGUGUAUCGGCCAGCGGAUUCCUCUCUGCCAUCGCCUGGAAGCGCGCUCGGAGCCCGCCACCAUGUCUAUGGGGCUGGAGAUCGGGGGGCUGGCCCUCUCCAUGGUGGGCUGGCUGUGCAGCAUCAUCUGCUGCGCGCUGCCCAUGUGGCGGGUGACGGCCUUCAUCGGCAGCAACAUCGUGACGGCCCAGAUCAUCUGGGAAGGGCUGUGGAUGAACUGCGUGGUGCAGAGCACGGGGCAGAUGCAGUGCAAGGUGUACGACUCCAUGCUGGCGCUGCCCCAGGACCUGCAGGCCGCCCGCGCCCUCACCGUGGUGGCCAUCGUGCUGGGCGUGCUGGGCGUGCUGGUCGCCAUCGUGGGGGCUCAGUGCACCCGCUGCGUGGAGGACGAGACGGCCAAGGCCAAGAUCACCAUCGUCUCCGGCGUCAUCUUCCUGCUCGCCGGCAUCAUGACCCUCAUCCCUGCCUCCUGGUCGGCCAACACCAUCAUCCGGGAUUUCUACAACCCGCUGGUGCUCGACUCUCAGAAGCGGGAGCUGGGCGCAUCUCUCUACGUGGGCUGGGCGGCGUCCGCGCUCCUGCUGUUCGGGGGGUCUCUCCUCUGCUGCUCUUGCCCUCCCAAAGACGAGAGGUACGCGCCCAGCAAGGUGGCCUAUUCUGCCCCGCGCUCUGCCGUGACCAGCUACGACAAGAGGAACUAUGUGUGAGGAGCCGGGCAGCCCCUCGCCCUCCCUGCUCCCCUCCGUCUGCCCGAGCCUGCCGGCUGCUCUCCAUCCCGCAGGACUGCCUUUCCGUGCCCACCCUCCUUCCCGGCACGGGGCAGAGGAGGAACGCCUGGCUCACGGGGCUCUGACGAGGGGAACGGCCACCUUAGUUCGGACUUUCCAUCCGGUGGACUUUUCUCUUUGACCUAUUGCGCCCUGGCUCCGAGGUACCCGCUUCCCCGGACGGCCAGGGACCUUCUCUCCCGAGGGCCGGGAGGACAAGUUCCUCCGAGCUAGACGAUGCCUUCAACUUAGCCAUGACUUGUGCCCCAGCGGGGGGUCGGGGUGCGUGGGAGGCACAAGGGCUGAGCUCGAGGUGGGGGGAAGGUGGCGCCCAGCCCUCGGCCCUUUGCGGGGGCUAAUUCCCCCAGCACCUGGGGGGUUAUCCGAAGACAAGAGGGUGCUGAGGCUUCUCCUGCCCUACCCCAUCUGCCGGCACAGGGCAGGCCGAGCUCGAGCAGGGCUGGGGAGAGGGCAGCCCGGGGGGCUCUGAGCUGGCCAAGCCGGAGGCCCGGCGCCCGGGAGGGGCCCAACGGGGCCCAUCAUAGCGGUUAAGCCCAGGCGGGGUGGAGCGAGCAGGCAGAACCAGGGAGGGGGGGUGAAGGAGGGGAUCCGGGCAGACCUGGGGCUAGGAAAGGUCUUUGGGGUCAGGGCUGGGCUGUGCGAGCGGGAGCCAUGCAGGCGGCUGUGUAAAUACAGACAGUUUCGUGUAAACAGAGCCAGUUUCGGGUUGCCAGGAGAGCUCUUCGCACGAGUGAGACGCGGAGGAAGCUGUGCCCCAUGGGGACCCUGCCUGCUCGGCCGGGCCGGGCCGUGCCUGCAGCCCCCCAGCCCUCCCGCCCAGCUCCACCGCGGCGGCCGGGCAGGGGCGCGUUCUCCUCCUGUUACGCGUGGUCUGUACGAGUUACAUUUGUCAAUAAACGUGUCCUGUUUUCAUA